AUGUCCCUCAACAGCGUGGUGAACAAUUUAGUAAGAGCAGCAGCAGGUAUAUCAUCGACCAUCUCCGAUACAGACCUCGAUGCGCAUGUAGCCAAGCUACUAGCUGAAGAGGCAAAAGCGAGGGAAUUGAAAUGGUCUGAAUUGGGAUUGACCGGUCUACUGGGUAAUUCACUAGAUAGGAAUGGAUCUCCGGAUCCAUCCCUGCCCAAGACCAACAAAAGAUUCUUAGCCUCGGUGAUACGUACGGUCGAUGGACAUAAUUCAGCCUUACUCAAAGCUCAGGCUCAAUCUGCUAGGGAUGCCAGGGGCGAAUCAUCACGAAGUGCGAGUGGAAGUGGAAAGGGGAUAGGAGGAAGUAGGAUGUUCGGCGGAGCGUUGAGAGAUAUGAGCAGGAAUGGGAAUGGGAAUGGUAAGGGGAAAGAAAGAGAGAGGGAGGAUCGCCAUGUUAGAAGGGGAGAUGAUAGACCUAGUAGAGAUGCACGAGAUGAUAGAAGUCUGAACCGAUAUGAUGAAGAUGGUCAUGCAAGAAGGUCCACGAGGCAGAGUGAGGAUGACGAAAGGAGAUACAGGAGAUACGAGGAUGAGAGGGAUCGUAAUCGGCGAAGAGAUAGGUCAAGGGAUAGGCAUAGAGAUAGGUCGAGCGAUAGAUCCACGGAGAGAGACAGAGAUAGAGAUCGUUCCAAAGACGAGAAGCGAUCUCGACAUCAUAGAUCAGAAGAUGAAUUGACUGAACAACAAUCGCGCCGCAAAGAUCGACAAGCGAAUACAGACAUAUCGGACAAAUCAAAUAGGCAGAGCAGAUUAGCUUUGCGUGCAGAUAAACCACAAGAUCCUGCAAAAGCUCCCUCACCUUCUCGUUCUCCUUCACCUGAUCCACCUGCUGCACCAAUAUCCAAGAUGGACAAGUACUUUAACUCGACUUAUGAUCCGCGACUAGAUUUCGCACCUAUCCCUAAAGAGGGUAUGAUAGCUGAUGUGGGGUGGGAUAACAUGUUGGCGGUAUUAAAGGAGAAGGGUAGAAAGAAACGCCAUCAAUCACCUACAUUAUCGGACACGAUCUCCGAACCACCCCUGGGCGUCCUCCCCUCCCGUCGACUCUCUCCUGAUCGAGAUCGAUUUGAUGACCUCUCACGCAAACUUGAAAAGAAAGAUAAGAAGAAACGGAAAGAAGAACGUAAAAGACGUAGGGGAUCGUCAUACGAUUCAUCAGAGGAUGAAAGAGAGAAGCGUAAAGAACGGAAAAGAAAGGAGAAACAGAAGUUGAAAGAGAAAGAAAGAGAGGAUGAAGAGAAAUAUGGUGGGUUGAGGAAAGAAGGUGGAGUGGGAGUCAGUAAAAGUGGGAUUCUGGAGGGGUACGAGUAUGUUAAGAAAGGAGGAACGAGGGAAUGGGAUGUUGGGAAGGAGUGA